CGCUUUUUCGCUUUCUAUCUGCCCGCCAGUGUUUUCGUAUCCAAUCACGUAACGUCCUUGCUGGAUGAUUUAGCCGUGCUAUUGUCAUAUCGAAUAAACGUUUUUACUUCGUUGUCCGGGUGCGAGCUAAAUAGGAGAUUGUCUCUUACUCCAGUGCGAGAUGUCGGCAUAACAGAUCGUCAAACAAUCAAUCAGCUAGUCCGUCAGCAAGCAAGCAAGCGUGAAAAGUCCGAGUAACAGUGAAUUGGUGACAAUUAUUGGCAGCAGAAAAGUCAGUUCAGCCAGCGUGGCAAAGAGUCUAACAUUGUACCUGUGUGCGUGUGCGUGCGUGACAAGCCCCGAUUUGUGAUUUAAUUUUGAAGUGAAAAAAAAAACAAAUUAAUAUAAAUAAAUUCCGCUGUCCACAGUCGAACAUUGCAUUUUAAGCAAACAAUAAAGAACAAACAACAACAACAAAUCAUAGCGAACAGAAAUAGUGACGAGUAAUAAACAGGAGAAUAAACGAGAAUUUUGUGAAACACAGGCGCUAAGUGAGUAAAAUUAACAAAUCGAACUGAAAGUGCCAGCGGCGAUUUCGAAAAGCAAAGCAAAAGAUUUAAAACUAAAACCGAAGUGUAGUAUAACAAACGUUUUAUAUUCCUCUCCAAAAGUAUUUUUGUUACUCUCGUUGUUGUUGUGAUUAAAUCGAUUAUUGCAUUGCAUAGAAAAAUGUCACCACUGAAGGAACGUACACUGCUGCUAUUAGGCAUCCUAUGCUGUUUACAAGCAACCACUGCGCUGAUGUGCUACGACUGCAACAGCGCCUAUGAUCCCAAUUGUGGUGAUCCAUUUGAGCCAUACACGCUUGGCAAAGUCAAUUGCACUCAACAAGAGGUUAAGGAGCAUCUCAAGGAUAAAUACACUCAACCAGUGUUGUGCCGUAAAACCACACAAAAGGUUUAUGGUAAAGUACGCGUAGUACGCGGUUGUGGCUACAUAACCGAUAAGUCCGAUGAUGGUUUGUGCUUGAAACGCUCCGGCACUCACGAUGUGCAAGCCAUCUAUUGUGCGUGCACUGGUGAAUUGUGCAACCACGCCGCCUCCACAUUGUACCAGAGCAACAAUCAUCCCAUAAUAUCGGCAUUACCCUAUACAUUAGCUGCGUUCUUCGUAUGGAUGGCUACAGUUUCGAGUCAUUUCAAUAUCAAUACUAUUGGUGCUGUGCAAAAUUCAUAAAUGCAACAAAAAAUAUAUAGAAAAGCAAGCCUACAUGCAUAUAUAUAUAAUAUAUAAAAAUAAGUAUGUAUAUAUGUGCGUACAUGCGUACAUACGUAAGUGUGUAUGUAUGUGUAUAACGGAAAUUAAGUCGAGAAAUCUUUGUGUUUCCCCGGUUUGAGUUUUGAGUGUAGUCAUUAAAAAUCAACAAAACUUACAUACAUACAAACAAGCAAUCAUACCCCACACAAAUGCAUAAACAGAUAUUGGAAAAAUAAAAGUAAACAGAAAAACCAAAAACAGAAAAAAAGCAACAACAAACAAUACAAAUAAAGGUAUGUAAAAUAAAAUAUAUAUGAAAAUUGUAAAAGAAAAUAAAAUAGAAGCGUUAAACCAACAGGCGCAGAAGGAUGGAGACGAAUAGAGAGAUGGCGAAUAAAUACCUAUGUUGAAGAAUAGUCCAGCUGUAUACGAAUUUGUUGCAUAACUGUAUAAUUUGAGCAAGGUAUGCAGUUUUCCUUGCUAUGCGAAAUUUAGUUAAGUUAAGUUGGCGAAUAAUGGAGAUUUGAUUUGGAAUUAACUGUGUCCUCCAUAUGUUAAUUUAAACGUGAGCUAGAAGCAAAAUCAUUCAACUUCAAAAUUCCAUGCAAAUUAACGGUAACACAACAAACCGAUUAUUUGAAUGUAGCACAGUUCAACGCAUUUGGCUAGAGAGUAGAUAACCACAUUCUGUCAGUAUUACAAAAAUUAUGCGUAACGCCUAAAAAUAUGCCACACAAUUUUAUUUGUUUCGUUCAAAUGUUGGUAAUGCGAUUACAUGCGAUUCCAAAUUAUUGGGAGUAAUUUAUCUGUUAAGUAAUCAGGUAAUCAAAUAACAAGCAACUUAUUAUAACUUUUAUUAAUUUAAAUAUUCAUAAAUUAAUUUUACUGACUAUGCCAGGAUGGCUGCAGCCUAGACAGCGCACUGUGCUAAAUGUACUUGUAAAAUUAUGUGCGUGUGCAUGUAGUUGAUGUUAAACAUGCGUAUACAUAAAUAUAUAUAUAUAUGUAUAUAUAUAUAUAUAUAUAUAUAUGUAUGUACGAGUAAUAUUGUAAGCUAUUAAGCAAAAACUUUAACAGACAAAAAAAAUACCAUACAAGGAAAACAAAAACAACUGCCGUCGUAACAUGUCUUGCGUUUAGAAUAAAACAUAAAAUUUUAGUAAUAUUUUCACGUUGUAUAUAUGUAUGUACAUACGUAUAUUCGUGUAUGUGUGAACUAUAGUUUUGAAUUUAACAUAUAUAUAUGUAUGUAUUUGAAGAUUUUCAAGAACUUCUUGUGUGAGCGCCGGUAUUGUGAAGGCUUAAAAAAUUAUAAAAGAGCUGAAAGAAAAGAAAUAAAUGUAUGCCCUUUUCAACUAAACUUUCGUCACAGCAAGCAAACUUCUCGUUACAUAAACGUCAAGGAGCACUUAAAUAAGAAUGCAUUGUGGUUUUAAUAUGUGUAUUAAAUAACGCAGAAAUAUGUACGUACAUAUAUGUAUGUAUAUGUAUGUAUGUACGCAUAAAAUUCAUAACUUAUAAACAACUCCAUAACCACGAAAUUAUCGAGCUGCCAUCAUUUGCUAAGUUUAUGCAAAUAAUAUUAAUUUGCGCAAGCCAUACAUCUGCACAUUUACACACACAAUUAAAAAUAUUUCAAGCAGUUAUUGGCAAUUUUCAUUAACAGAAAAUGUAAAAAAAAGCACGUUUUAUUUCACUGAUGCUGGCGCAGCUCUGCUAUCAGUGUCUAUGAUAAUUGAUAAUACCAUUAAAUUGCAAUUAAGAACGAAACUAAAAAUUGAAAUUAAAAUUCUAAUUUAUCUUGUGAAAUGGUUGGAUUUAUUUUAACAGCUGAUAUUUGUUUACAUAACUAAUUCGCUGCUGACUGUGAGUGGCCAGAAUGCAUUGGAUAGAGUAACGAGUGUUGAGUAACGAGUGGAGAAUGCAAAAUGUAGGCGGCACUGCGCAUAGGAAUUUUGUAAAAUAUUAAAAAAAUCUUAAGAAAAAUUUGAAAUAAAUUUGCCGAAAAAAACAAAUAACGUAAUGAAAUACAAGAUCAUCGCUAAUACAACGCAUAAAAGCAAACUAAAAUUAUUUUACGAACAUACACACAAACAUUAAGAAGGUUCUAUAACGUAAAGGGGAAGAGACAAGCAUACAUACAGUUCUAUAUAUAUUUGGAUAUUAGCUUACAUUCAAAAAAAAAAAAAAAAACAUUGCAACAUCAAUUCUUACAUAAAUAAUAUACCUACAUACAAAAUACCAAGCAUCAAAUACAAUGCGUACAUAUACUAAAUCUACAUGCAUAAAACCACAUAUUUUGUCCACAAAAUUAUACAAAAAUAAAUAUAAAAUAAAAUUAAAUGAAAAAGAAGAAGAGUAUAAAAGCAAGCAAAAAAUAUACAUACAUAAUUAUAUUGCAUAUAAUAAUGGAAGUUUUCAUAAACCCCGAAAUAAUUUCCAUAAAAAUAAAAAUAAAACAACAAACUAAUUAAAUAAUAAUAAAAAUAUGUCUAAUUAAAAAUAGUUAAAACAUGGAAAACAACAUCGCUGCGCAUAUAAUAUUAGGAAAACAAUGAACUCAUCGAAAUUUACACAUACUCACUUACAACUAAACUCAAAAUUAAUUGAAAGAAUAAGAAAUUUUCUAAUAGAACUAAAAAUUUCAAAUUCUUCCUAUAAUAAUUACAUACGUAUGUAUGUAUUUCAUUAAAACAUUAAAAAAGAAGAAGAAAAAUACAUAAUAAUGCAAAGCAACAUAUGCACUUGUGAAUACAUAUUGUAACACACACUUGCAUUCAUAUAUUCACAAAAACAGCAAUAAAUAUUUUUAUUAUAUUCAAUUUUAUUUGUUUUUUUCUUUUUGCUGGUAACCUUGUACGGACCAAAAUUUUUCUAUAGCAACCAAUGAGCACUUCAAAAGCAAUGCCUUUACAAUACACAUACAUACAUAUGUAUGUAUUACAUUAAUUAUAGAUUAGUGAUAUUUUAGUAUAAUAUGUAUAUGUAUGUAUAUCAUUUCAUAGCAUAUUAAUAGCUAAAAAUUAAUUAUUAAUUAUUUAUUAUAUACUUAUAAUAUAUUAAAUUUCAUACGCAUUUCCACCAAGAGCGAUGUUUGACAAUUAUUAAAUUUUUUUUCUUUGCAUAUUACAUACAUAUAUACGCUUUUCUUUAUAUAAAAAUAAAUAUAAAUAUAUUUGCACUUAUUCAAUAUGGAUUCAUUUUCCUAACAGAAUUAUGUAAUAACGGUCUUUUUUGUACAAAACUUACUGUGUUAAACGAAAUGUUUAAAUUCCAUUAUAUUUUGCGAAUUUGUGCUUAAAGUUUGUAUAUAUUUGAAAGUAUAAUUAUUUUUAUUGUUGUUUCUCUUAGCGAAUUUAUUAUGUAGAAAUAAUCGUAUGAAUUCCAAGCCUUUGGGAAAUUUGUUUACUAAUGUUAAUCCUAAAUGUUACCGUUAUUUAAUGGCUUUAAAACAGAUGUGUGAUAAAAUCGUCAUUAUUCUUCACUUUCAAACAAAUUUUCAAUCACUGUGAUUUUUAUACUCAUAAUUAUACCAAUAUAUAAGAAAUUUGGUUCGAGGCAAUGCUGCCAUAUUUUGGCAAAAAAUAAGUGUACAUUAAAUUCUUAAAAGUUAUGUAAUGUAAUUUAAAAAUUCUUAACUUUUCAAGUAAUCUAUUUCGUUUUUAAUUCAAAAAGGAAUUUUAAUAUUUUUCGACUUGUUAAACAGUUAUUCAAAACACUCAUAUUUACAAAUUAAAGUAAUUUUUUUUCAACUUAUACAUAUUUCUACGUGUGUAUGCGUAUAAUUUGAAUUACAAAAAUAAUAUUAUAAAAUAUCUACAGUUGAAUUGGGCUUGUGAAAAUUAAAAUGCAAUAAUUGCAUUAAAUUAUUUAUAUAUACAAUCACACACAUACACGUAUAAACACAAGCAGAAGCAAAAGAAAACACUUUACUAAAAAGCAAUCUUUUUAUGAACAUUUGAGCUACCAAACACGCCUCUAAACACACACACAUAUUCACAUAACUCACGCGUUCCAGUGCAUAUUAAACACAUACUCGUACAACUUACUUGAAUUAGACACAUUGAAUUAAUGGAAAUAUUGUCGAAUACUCAUGAAUUCAGCUAAACUACAUAUUGUUAACAAACAUAAACCCAUACAUAUAUACAUUAAACACAAUAAUGCAUGAAUUAAUACAAAGAGCUAAAUAAAAAAAGAAAACAAAGUAGAAUAACUCAAAAUAUGAUUUUUUUGAGUAUAAAACAAUUUGCAAUAUCUAAAUAAAAAAUUAUUCAACCCCAUGAUACAUACAGUAAUGUAUAUGUAUACAAACUAUAUGUAUGUAUAUGUGCAAAUGCAUUUGUUGGUAUUGAAAAUUACCAGCAAACCGAAGUAUUUUUAAUUUCAUAAUUAAUUCUACUCUAAAAAUACAGAAUAAACCAAAGAGCAAAUUGAAAUUAUACUGAAUACUUACAUACUUACACACACACAUACACACACAUACACACACACAAAAUGAAAACAAGCAGUAAAAACACAUGAAAGUGUAAAACAAAAUACUAAAUACUAAAUACCAAAUUAAUAUAUUUAAUAAAUUUGAAAUUCAUGUAGAUAUAUAACUAAUUUUAAAGAUUAAAAUAAAUUUAAAUCAAUGAACGAAAUGAUAAUAAAAGCAAAACAAGAAAAAAGUAAAACCGAAAACAACAUCAAGAAACAACAAACACUAGCCGACAAACAAAGAAAAAAUAAAUAAAAAUUAGUUAAGUAAACCAAAAGCAAAAAAAGAAAACAAACAAUAUAUUUAAUUAAGUAUGAAAAUAAAAGCAAAUAUUAAGCAAAAAGCAAAAAUAUAUAAGAAAUUAUGAAGCAUAAAAUAUAAUUAUUUAAAUAUGGAAUAGAAAAAGAAAUAAGUAAAUAAAAAAAUCAUUGACUAAUUGAAAGUGUGCUGUGGUGUGGCUAAUUUAGCACUAAAGCUGAAGAGUUUGGAAUGGUCAAUACAAACUAUUACAAACUCUUAUGGAGUGCCAUUAAUUGAAUUCUUCACAAAAUUUAGAUAAAAUAUUAUAAAUUUAUUUCUUAAAAAGAAAAACUAAAAAAAUCAAAUAAAUUGAUUGCGUUAGUAAAUAACAGCGGGAAACAUUGUAGUACUUUUUACGUGCAGCGUAAAGUUGUUGCAAAGCUAAACGUAUGUAUGUCCCAAUGUUCUGAAUGCCCGUAAGCAUUAUAUUCUUACAUGUUUCUUAAGUUCUCACCCACUAACUUGCAGCCAUAUAUGUAUGUAUGUAUUAUGAACAUCUUACUACACAAAAACAAUUUAAUCCAACAAAAAGCACGCAUACAAUAACAAUAAAUAUGUAUUCAUAAUAUUUAAUAAUUAGUAAAAACAGGAAAAUUUUACAAAGAAAAAAAAAUUCUACGAUCAUAAAUGUGCACAGCUGUGCUGACGCCCUGUGGUGUAAGUGAAAUGUAAACAAACGUUCGUGUAACAAACGUCAUCACGAUUAUGCGGCAUUCGGAUAUGUUUAAUGGGCAUUGACACAUGCUUUCAUUUAAAAUUCACUUCUUUCGACAUUCAUUCGUGUUGUAAUAUUGUGCUGGCAAGGGAUGUGCAUAUCAAACGCCUAAUUUAUAAUUAUUAUGCAAAAUUAAUUAAUUUAAUAGCAAAUACACACUCAAGUAAUUGUGUAUGUCGGUUAUACAUAUAGCGUGGAUAAAUAAAAAGAAUUAUGUAGAGGAAAACGUACUCAAAAAAAAAUAUAAAUAUUUGAUAAAUGGUAGGAAAUUUUGCAGCUAUUCUUAUAGAUUUUCAAACCUAUAACUGCCUAAAAGUUAAAAGCAAUAAACUACUAUUUAAAAGAGUUAAUAAUAUUUAUUGUGACAGAUCUAUGUGCAUAAGUAUUUAUGUAAAUCGCGUCUGAUAAGCACAUCUAAAACGAGUUGGUGCAGCAAUAUUACUGAUUGUUUCAUAGAAAAUAAUAUACAUGCAUAUGUAUGUAUGUAUAUUUUAGUUCACUAAUUAAAAUAUUUGUGUUUUUCCAACAUAUGUUCAAUAAGAAGCAAGUGAGAAUUUGUGUUUCACAUAAUGUGUACGUGUUUUUCAAGUAGCAAGCAGCAUAUCACAAGCUUUUGCUUCUAACAAAACAAAUAAGAGUUAUUAUAACAAAAUAAAAAUAUACAUAUAUAUAAUUUAUUGAAAAUAAUUACUUUUAAACCUUAUUUAUAAACUUUAAUUGUAGUGUUUAAGUUAACAUACUAAUUAAAUUGAAAAAAAAAAA